CCAGUUUCGGCUUUCGUAUUUCGGUACUGAAUUAUUAUUUUAAAUAAUUAAACUCGGAUUGUUAUUAUUUAAUGAUUAUGUGUGCACAUAUAAUUAUCAAUCUAUUAGCGUAGAAGUUAGGAUUCGUAGUGGGUAUACAAUUGCACUCUGAAAACGUUCUAAGAAGUUUGUAGUUUGUUUGGGCAUACCAUCAAACAAAUCAUUGACUUGAAAGUAUGGCCGAAUAUUUGGCGGCUAUAUUUGGUACAGAAAAGGAUAAAGUCAACUGUUCGUUUUAUUUUAAAAUUGGAGCAUGUAGGCAUGGCGACCGGUGUUCUAGAAUACAUAAUAAACCAACAUUUUCACAGACAGUUCUGCUUCAAAAUCUUUAUGUAAAUCCUCAAAAUUCAGCUAAGUCGGCUGAUGGAAGUCAUUUGGUUGUAGCCAAUGUGUCUGAUGAAGAAAUGCAAGAGCAUUAUGAUAAUUUCUUUGAAGAUGUGUUUGUUGAGUGUGAAGAUAAGUAUGGGGAGAUAGAGGAAAUGAAUGUUUGUGACAAUCUUGGUGACCAUUUAGUGGGAAAUGUAUAUAUCAAGUUUCGCCGCGAAGAAGAUGCCGAAAAGGCAGUAAAUGAUCUUAACAACCGUUGGUUUGGAGGUCGCCCUGUGUAUGCUGAACUGUCUCCUGUCACUGACUUUCGUGAGGCAUGCUGUAGACAAUACGAAAUGGGAGAAUGCACCCGAAGUGGUUUUUGCAAUUUUAUGCACUUGAAACCAAUCUCUCGAGAACUAAGACGAUACUUGUACUCGCGUCGCAAGGGCGGUCGCAAGUCGCGCUCCCGGUCCCGCGAACGACGACCUCGCCGCUCUCGCUCUCGGGAACGUCGUCGGGAACCGCCGCGCAACUCCCGCUCGGGCCGCUACUAACCGCACCUUACUACCACAUAAUAUUACACUGUAUUGAUACUUUAUCACAUGACACCAAUACCCCAAUACCUGUUACUACAGCAGUUAUUCAAAAUUUGCUCAAUCGAAAUUGUCACAAUUUUAUUAUGUUACUUAGAUAAAACACUUUAAAAGGAUUAAAACGCGUGUAAUUGUAACUGUGUUUUUACAUUCGAUUUUUGCGUAAAAGUUACAUUUUUAUUAAAGUAAAACUUUUAUGACAUCGUCUCAAAUUUUUUAAACACUUGAUAAAGGUUUUUUAUUUUAUGAAAAUAUAAAGCAUAAUAUAUAAAUUUGUUUUUUUCUAUGCUGAUAUUAAUACCUAUGUUAUUUUGUGAAAAAAAGUUUCACUUGCAUCGUGGUUUCAUAAAACCACACAAUUCCUUUUUUUUUUAGUUAAUACGAUGUUUCAAGACCUUUCCAGAUCUCGUUUUCCGGGGGACUUGUCUUUAAACGUCGGGUUCACCAAAAUAAAAAUGUAACUUUUACGCUAAAAUCUAAUGUCAAGACACAGUUUUAAUCCUUUAAAAGUGUUUUAUUUAAAUGUGUAACACUUGCAUUAAUGAAAGAAAAUACUAUGUUACUUAGAAUGAUCUAGUAGUAAAUAUUUCUCAAUGAAUUGAAUAUUCAUAUAAAAAUUACAAUAACUAUAUAAAUAGCUAUUUUAUUAAAUCUUCAAUAACUCUAACAAGUUGGUUCUCAGCUUGUUAGUAUCGAAAGAGAUGUAAAAAGUGAUUGAACGACAUACAAGUUAUAAACUAUUGAAAUGUCAGUAAUUACUAUUGAUUUGACACAAAUAAUUUAUUGCCUGCCAUGUUAUACGGUAUCAAUGCUUACAUCAAAACCCAUAUUAUAGUACAAGUCAAAUUGAAUACUUAAUUUGAUAGUUGGUUGGCUUCUUAAAUUCCGUUAAGGAGAAAAUGUACAGUAAGCUCCCACAAACAUAGACUAUGUCCUGAGAACACUUCUACUAUAUGGGUUUUAAUUAACUUGUAGCAUAUUACAUUACAUUUGGGAAAAAUAAAAUUAAGUCGUCUAUGCAAUGAUAAUAAUAUUAUAAUCAAAAUGUAAAACAAUUGGUUGGCUUCUUACAUUCCGUUAAGGAGAAAAUGUACAGUGAGCUCCCUCGAACAUAGACUGUCUUCACCUACAACUCUGUUAUAUGGGUUCUAAUUAACUUGUAGCACAUUACAUUACACUUGGGAAAAAUAAAAUUAAGUCGUCAAAGCAAUGAAAAUAAUAUCAUGAUCAAAAUGUAAAACAAUUGGUUGGCUUCUUACAUUCCCUUAAGGAGAAAAUGUACAGUGAGCUCCCUCGAACAUAUACUGUCUUCACCUACAACUCUAUUAUAUGGGUUCUAAUUAACUUGUAGCAUAUUACAUUACACUUGGGAAAAAUAAAAUUAAGUCGUCUAUGCAAUUAUACUGCUAUCAUGAUCAAAAUGAAAAACAAUGUAGCCUUUUAUUUUUUUUGCUGACGAAACUUGGGGUGGACUGAAUUAAGCCUGUUGAUUAACCAUAUAGAAGUAUUAAGAAAAAAAGUAGAAAAGACGCAAAAAUGUUUUGUUCUUAAAUACAAUAUGAUAUUUUAUAUUAAUUCAUUCAUAUGAUAUCAUGACUUGUAUGUUUUUUUUUUUUCACUUUCACACAAAUUAUCUUUCCCCAAACUAGAUGUAGCUGUAUGCGUGCCAGAGAACAAUAUAUUUAAUACAUUAUGCAUACUUACAUAAUUUAUACAUUUAUAUAGGGCCUCUUGCUGCUAGGCAACACAUAAUAACAGGCCAGGAUUACUUUAGUGUGCGUAUGAUGCUUAAAAUAAGGGUUAACAGUUCGCCGCAAUUUUUUUCGACAUAAUACAUAAAAAUUUAUGACUCUGAAUAGGAUCUAGCCGAAAUCCACAACGUUUUAAGCAACUGUUCGCUUUCAAACUUUGUCGGAUUAUCCUUCGUCGCCAAUCGCCAUACUGUCAAAUCACUGCACGUUUCAUAUUAAACAAAAUAUAAAUUUUAACUUACGUAGUACUCUUUGAUACAAUGUAGCAUUCGGACCCCUAGUUUAUUAGACAAAGAGUCACUAACCCAUAGGUUUUAAUACAGCUUGUCGAUUGAAUAUAAGUACUAUUAUUGUUCAUCAAUAUUAUAAUUUGAAUAUUUUGAUUCAAAAUGGAGAAAUGCCGGAAGGAAGGUCACUCUUUGGUUACACUCCAGUUUUUUCGUUUGUACAUUGUGGUAUCUUAUUUUAGUAGCAUAUUUUUCACACAACAACCAACUUACGUACUUUUCUUAGCUUAGGUAGGUAUACCAGUAUUUACAUGCUUUUUAUUAGCUUCACCUGUAUGUAUAUUUGUUUGUAACCGACUCAUUUGGGCGCGAUUUUGACCCACUUUAAACGGUUAGAUUUCGUUCAAACUUCGUAGAUUUAAGCUAAGUUCAUAUGGCCGCGCGGCACCGCGCGCCGACGCGCGAUGUGAGAGUUCACAUGACAGGGUAUAUACGAGCGCCAGUCUGGCAUUAACAUUGAUAUACAAUGGACGUGGAGGAGGCAAUUUGCUUGUGGAUUUUAUAUAGAAGACUGAGACGUCGCAGAAGACGACAAAGGCGAUACUGGGUGCAUCCAAUAUUAAGUGACAGACUUUCUUCAAGCCUGUUUGUCACCUUAUACCCUAAGUUGAGGUUACAUGAAGAAAUUUUUUUUAAUUAUUUCCGUAUGUCAGUUGCAACCUUUGAUUUUUUAUACGAUUUCAUUGAAAAUGAUUUAAAAUCCAGUGAAAAUGCUGUAAGAUAUUGCAUAUCACCAAAAGAAAAACUCAUUGUAACAUUGCGGUAAGUUAACUGUUUAUUAAUCAUAAUCACAGUAAAAAUUAUAAAAAAUAAGAAAUUAUGAGCGAGGCUUCUUGGCAAAUUAACUUUUAGUUUAAUUGAACAGAUCUAAUUCUUGAGAAUCUUCGUAUGACGGGUCACAAGUAACAUCACCCGGGGGUGAUGUUGCUUGCGAUGAACUUGUGGGAGGUGAAGUGUAUGAACUAGUUGUAUAGCCAUAUUGUGUUGAUUCUCUAUCAGAGUACUGCAUUGGGUUGCUAUAUUGAGAACUUUGAAAUGAAGCAUGAUAGUUUCUGGGUGGUCGUUGUGAGCUAUAUGAAGUAGACGGGUAGUUAAAAUCUUCAAGUGGCUGUGCUCGUGUAGCUUGGUAUCGUUCUAAUAAAUUAUAAAUUUCAAUUUUCAGUUUUAAACGCCGGUUUUCAGGAACUUUUUUUAUUUCCCUAACCAAUGAAAGACAAAAUAAUUUAUCUUCAUCGUCAUCUUUCUUUUCUGCUGCAUUAUUAUUUCGAGUAUUUAUGCUUUGUUGUAAAAGAUUUGCAAAAUGUUCAUCGGCAGGGUGAAGUUUGAAUUUUUUCCGGGGCACAUUUUCUGUUGAAGCUUGAACGCCGCUGCUGUUAACUGCACUAUCCAAAUCAGGAUUCUCUGUAACUUCCGCAACAUCAAGGCUGUUGUCAGUUUUUCGUUUCUGGACAACUUGUUUAAGAAAUGACAAUCUUUGGAAAUACGAAAAUGAAGAUGGUGUUGAUGCUGAGGAACCAGACUUCAAAUGUUUUGUUUUCUUAAGUUCUUUUACAUAGGCAUCUCGUAAAUUUUUCCAUUUUUUUUGCAAAAUCGAUCCUAGAAAGUAAAUAAUUAAUUAUUAGUUUUCAUUGCAAAACUAUUGAAAAAUGUUGUACGAUACGGGUGCAUAAAGAGUCCUUAUGACCUACUCGUACUUUAUGCAAAUUGUACUUUGUGCACUUUAGGCUCACGUGCCACACUGUAAACACUCGCUAUGAAUGUGUUUUCUUUGUAGCACUUAUUCAGUAAAGAUUUCCUUAAAAGAAAUAGACAUAGACAUAGAAUUAGGAAUAGGAAUAGGAGUAGGAAUAGGAGUAAGUAGGGGUAGGAAUAGGUAUGGGAAUAGGAAUUUGACGAGGAAUAGGAGUAGGAAUAGAAAUGGAAUAUUUAUCGUGGCACGUGAGCAUAUGCACUUUAUGCUCGCGUGCCACACUGUAAACACUCGCUAUGCUUGUGUUUUCACUGUAGCACUUAUUCGGUAAAGAUCUACUUUAUGCACGUGUAUCUUAAAUAACUAUUAUGUUACAGGUACCUAGCAACUGGUUCUUCAUUUGCAGAGUUACAAUAUGGUUAUAAAAUUGGCAAGUCUACGAUAUCGGGUAUAAUUAAGCAAGUGUGCCAAGUUUUUUGGAGAAAUUUAAAAACUUUGGUCAUGAGUCCACCAACAAAAGAAAUCUGGACACAAAUAUCUAUACAAUUUGAAAAUAAAGCAUAUUUUCCAAAUUGUGUUGGAGCGUUGGACGGCAAACACGUUCGUUUAAUACAGCCACCAGAAUCAGGAUCAAUGUAUUACAAUUAUAAACACUUUUUCUCAUUAGUUUUAAUGGCUUUAUGUGAUGCUAACUAUUGCUUCAUAUGGAUAGACGUUGGAGCUUACGGAAAAGACAGUGAUUCGGGUGUUUUCAAGGAAACGUCAUUAUUCAAAAAACUCUCAGAAAAUUCGUUGAACUUACCAGAGCCUAGAUCUAUCACAAAUAAUGAGAGCGAUGCAUUUAAACUACCAUACGUAAUUGUAGCUGACGAGGCUUUCGCUAUGACUAAAAAUUUGAUGAGACCCUAUGGUGGUAAAAUGUUGUCAAAAGAAAAAAAAAAAUUUAACUACCGCCUUUCUUUAGCACGAAGGUAUGUCGAAUGUACAUUUGGCAUAAUGUGUAACAAGUGGCGUAUCUUACACCGGCCAAUAGACGUGAAGAUAGAUUUUGCUGUUGAUAUCGUCAAAGCUAUUUGUGUUUUACAUAACUUGGUAAGGAUGAGAGAUGGUAUAAAUCAGGAUGAUAUGAUCAAUCCAGCGCCAUUACCUAAUGUGAAUCCAACUAACAGUGGACGAGCAAUCCAUGAAGUAGAUAAUAUUCGAACUAAAUUCACAAAUUAUUUUGUUACUGAAGGUAAAUUAGAUUGGCAAGAUAAAAUGGUGUAAUAGGUGAUGAUUUUAUAAAACUUAUUUUAAAUAAAUAAAACUAAUUAAAAAACAA